UCUAUCUAAAAUGAUGCAUGACUACUUUUCAGCUGUCCACCUACCUACUAUAUAAUACUACUUAAGUCUAUACUAUGAGCUUUAAACCGGCUGAAGCCGGGACGUUACACCCAAUACACUAAUGCGAGAGCCGCUGUGGGAUUGAAAAGUGCCUGAUCCUACCUAGUACACGAGAAAAAAGUAAAAGUCAAUAAAUGCCUGUUUAGGAUGUGAAAUUCUUCAGCUUUACCUACAUGUGAUAUUCGCAUAUCCGUGGGGUCUCAAUCCUCGUCAUCGUCAUGGCUUUAUAUCUGGCUAAACGUGUGAAGUUUUCACUGAUUAUACCCUCUUGGAAAACAUGAGGCGGAUUAGAUUAUUGCAGAAUCCAAUAUGAGUUUCGUGACAUCAAAGACAAUUCUGCAUCAUGCCGAAGUCUACACGAUCAUUCAAAGUGAUCAUUGUCGGUGGUAGUAUAGUCGGGCUAAUCACCGCACUAGCUCUGGAGAAAGCUGGCAUCGACUAUGUCGUGUUAGAGAGGGGUGAGAUUGCACCGCACCUAGGUGCCUCCAUAUCCAUCUUCCCACACACCCAACGGGUGAUGGAGCAACUUGGCAUAUGGGAAGAAAUCAGGGCUGGCAUCAUUCCGCUGAAAGACCGAUAUCAUUACGAUCAAUAUGGGCAAUUAUUGGAGAGUUCUGCCGUUUUGCGGGAGAUAUCGAAGAUGUCACUCAACAGGUUCACCUCGUUCAUGGAACGUAGAUUCUGGCUGAAUUGCAUCUACAAUGGGAUCCAGAACAAGCCCAAAGUCUUACCUCACACCAGCGUGACUUCAUUCCGUGAAACAGAAGACGGCGUUGAAGUAACGACCAAGGAGGGCAAAAUCAUCCAGGGAGACAUACUCCUCGGAGCCGAUGGCAUCAACAGCACCAUAAGGAAUCUCAUGGCAUCCCACAUUGCAAGAACGGACGCCACGACAUCAGAAGAGAUGCGUUCUGGCUUCACAGCCGACUAUCGCUGCGUUUUCGGAACAUCCCGGAACUACAGCCCGAGUGAUAAGGACAAGCCGCUUCUGCCAGGGGGCAUGUGCCAUAACGUCUACUACCGCGGCUUCUCCGGCGCUUCCGCUGCCGGCGCGGAGGAUCUCAUCUUCUGGUUCCUGUUCGUGAAGAGCGAUCACGCUACCAAAACUCCCAACACCCCGCGGUACACGGAGGAAGAGUCCGAGGCUACCAUCAACAAGUAUGGUGGCUACGCCGUCGGCCCGGGUUACACUUUCAAGGAUCUAUGGGAAAGCCGAGUGAGGGCGGCCAUGGUGCCGCUUGAAGAGGGCGUGCUGAAGCCGAAGUGGAACACGGGUGGCAGAGUGGCGCUCAUGGGCGACGCGGUGCACAAAUCCACCGUCAACCCCGGGCUCGGUGGCAACUUGGCGGUGGAAGGCAUCGUCCAUCUAAUGAACGAACUAGUCCCCCUAGUACGAAAGUGCGAAUCGGACGGCGGAAGGAAGCCAACGAAGAGCGAGCUUGUUGCGGUCUUCGAUCGGUACGAGGUGAAACAGCGACCGCAUGCCAACUUCAUCGUUGCGUUCUCGGCAUACGUUAAGAAGUACGAUGCUAUGGAAACGUGGUGGUUGAGGGUUCUGCUCCGUGUGUCGCCGUGGAUCAGUGAUAAGUACAAGGCGGGCCGCCUCGUUAGCUAUAUGAAUGAGGCGCCAUGGUUGAACUUUUUGCCUAACCCGGAUGAGAAGGGGAAGGCUAAUGGUACACAGUAAACCAUUAGAUGGACUAGAUGAAUGAACGAGAGUAAUAUAAUGAGUACUAGGUAAUUGGGUACCUACAUAGGUAGGUAUGCAGUCAGUAAUGUUUAAGUACAUAUAAUGAGACACCCCUUCAUUUAUCUACACGGGUCAGUUGUAGGUACCGAGGGAUCUAUUAUCUCCUACCGUCAAUGACCUCCAAUAAAUCCGUAACCUAGGUACCUAGGUAGGCAAAUGAUAUUUGCAGCAAAUUACAUUACCUAUUAUCACCACGCUGCAUCCUAUCCAACCUCAAUUACCUGAUCAUAAGCCCCUUACUACCCACCCCCCAUUUCAAAACCCCUUUCACAGUUUCGCCCCCGUCCCUCUCCUCUCCGGCAGCGCCGUCGCCCUCCACAGCCCAACAACCCCCUCCCCCGAAUCACCCAAAAACGGAUCCCUCUCCGGCCGCGGCACAUCCCACGAAGCCCUGAAAUCCCCCACAUCAU